GAUUUCCACUUUGUGAUGAACUAACAGCCUCUUUUUUCUGCAUAAAACCCAUAUUUUAUAUAUGUGUAUGUAUUUGUUUAUUAUUGUGACCUCCGGGACCAAUUGCUUGUAGAGGAGAUGGAGGAAUAAUAAUAGUGUUAGCAGUUAAAAUCUAGACUGGGGACCAGUACUUUUUUGCUAUAGAAAAAAGAAGAAGAAAGAAGAAGGCCCAAGUCUUCUAAAAUGUGUAAAAUGUUGAUCUAUUAUAUUGAGUGUUUCUCAAAUAUUCUAGCAUGAGUCAAUUCAAAGUUUGUACAAUUAUAUUGUAAAGAAUUGAUUGACUAUAUAUGUGAAUGUCUCAGCAACUUCUUCUGUUAGUGUUUAUUUUCAUUCAUUAUUUUAGCCGGUGUUAAUUUAAUGGCUGCAAUCUAUCUUUGAAUUAUUGUGUUAUGGAAGGAGAACAAAGGACACACUGCUAUGUGGGGUUUUAUAUAUCAGAGAUCUGAAACAAACAAGGAUAUAUAUUCAUAAUUUUUCUGCGACGAUGGAGUGGAAUGCAAAGUGGGACUGGGAAAACCUCGACACUUUCUGUUCGAAAUACAAUGGAGUUCCAAAUAAGUUAGAAACGACUGAAUGGGGAGUUCAAGAAGGAGAUAUCGAUGUUGGGUCUUUUCAUUUGUCUGGUGCCAUUGGUGAUUCUGCUUCUGAUGUCUGUCAUGCUUCAUCAGCAAAGAGCUCUGUUUCAGCUUCAACUGAUUGUUCAUCAAAGGGAAGAGUCAAAACAUCUAAGUUGAGUUUUGGUCCAUUAGGAGAAUAUUCAGCAGAUUUUAGCAAGAAGCAAGAGUCGGAAAGAGCUGAGCUAGUGAGAACUUCACCUUCACUGGACACUUCGGUAGGAUCUGCAGAGUUGUCAAUUGGCCUCAAACUUGGUAAAAGGACAUAUUUUGAGAACUGUUCUACUGGAAAUAACUCGUCUUCCUCAAAUAUACCUGUAGCAUCGGCUUCAACUGCAAAGAAACUCAGACCACCUUGUCAAAAUGCACCUGCACCACGAUGCCAGGUUGAAAACUGCAACCUGGAUCUUUCAUCAGCUAAAGAGUAUCACCGGAAACAUAGAGUUUGUGAAAGUCAUUCCAAAUGUUCAAAGGUUGUUGUGGGAGGUCUAGAACGUCGGUUUUGCCAACAGUGUAGCAGGUUCCACAGUUUGUUAGAAUUUGAUGAAAAAAAGCGAAGCUGUCGCAAGCGACUUUCUGAUCACAAUGCUCGCCGCCGCAAGCCGCAACACGAGACUAUCCACUUCAAAACUACUAGCAUGUCAUCAGUUUUUGAAGGGAGGCAACAGAUGAGUUUUGCUCCUAUGUCUCAGAGUCGACCUGCUGAAGAUUCUAAUUGGGAAUACAAGAACACCUACAAAUGUGCACUAGCCACGGAGCAUUUGCUUAAGCCUGAAAUAUCUAGUGUUGUCAAUAUGCAAAGUCACCUACCAUGGUCCAGGCUUCCGCAUGCCAUAAGCAUGCCAACUCAGGAUUCAGGUAGGCUUUUGCAAUUCAAGGGAAGUUCAGAAGGAUGCCGACAAGGCAUCCCAGAGUCAGUGUUCUCAUCCAACUUGGACGCAGCGACAGAUCUUCAUUGUGCUCUCUCUCUUCUGUCAACUAAUUCCUUGGGUUCGUGUGACCAAGGGUCUGCUAAUCAUAACUACUCUGUGAAUGCAACUUAUAAGAAUAUUUCCCCUCAAAUGAUGCAUGCAAUACCCCAAAACUUGCCCUCUGCUUCAUCGGAGUGCUGGCAGAGUGAGGAUACACACAUAUUGGCUUCAAACAUUACAUGUGGAAGCAACUAUCAAGAAAAUCAGUUUUUCUCAGCACCGUAUGGCAAUGGUUUCUAUUCCAGCUAGCCGAUUAGGUGCUUUAAAGCUUUUAUCACCAAUGUUAAUACUUGCGCAUUCUGAAUCAUACAAUUAAGCAACUUAGUAUAUGUAAACAAGUAAUGGACCUGUGCAUGGAGCUUAUGCUUUUUAGGGCUCCUCACGACCUUCAAGCUUCUUUAUUUUGGAAUUCUUUUAUGAUUUUCUGAGA